AUAGAGUUGAAAUUGUCCCGGUAGAUUGCGUAUCGUUAAGACAACUUGAAAUUGUGGCUAAAUAUGUGUAUUAUCUAAGAUUUCCUGGUGACCUUUCACAUGCAUUUCAUAUACGAACGUUACACUGAACUGGAAAGAUACUCAUGGCGUUGUAAAACUAUAAAUGUCUUUAGCUAGUUCUCGCAAGUGGAGGCGCUUUUGUGGCCCUCAUGUUUGAAUGUGACUUUCUGGAGGAGGCAUAUGAUCGCUUUCACCAUGCCUCGCAUAUUAUUAUUUAUUAACAUUAAUAUGAGUUCCCAUAUUGUAUUACCCUAUAUUAGGUGCUUAUCCUUGUUUUUUACAAAAUGGCGGUCUAGAGUAUGUUUUGUAACAUGUAGUGACUGAAUUCGUGUGGGUUCCUAGACCCAUGAACAAGUUUGUGGAGUAGGGAGCAUUGGAUGCUGAAGUCAUGAGUGAUGACAAGGAAAGAAAGACUGCCAGCCGUUCGGGUGGGCUUUCUGCAGUACAGAUCAAGAUGGAAGGCCAGGAAGCUGGUGAAACAAUUACAGAUAUCCAGAAUUAUCUGGAAACAUUUAAUAAGGAGAUUCAAGGAGGAGAUCAGAUAGUACAACAUGUGACAGAAGUUCAGCAAGUUGUGACUACUGACGACACUGCUGAAGAAGGGACAUAUUUUGUUGAUCAGUCAGGGCACUAUUACUACCAAGCAAGCAGUGAUCAACAGCCAGUAAUGACCGUUGUCUCGGGGGUCGCGAAUGCCUCAUCUGAAGUGUCCGAUGGAAGUUCUGAAGCAACUUACGUUGCAAUGCAGCCUCAGGAAGGUCAUGUCGAAGAGACAAUAACAUCUAUGGAUGCUUCUGAUGAUGGCAAUACAACUGGUGGUGAAUCUACAGGUCAGAUGAUAUUAAAUGCUGGUGAUGCUUAUCAGACCGUUACCAUUGUUCCAUCUGACACAAACCCAGGGGAAGUGAGCUAUGUUCUCAUUGUUCAGCAACCAGAUGAUAAGGAUGAUAAGGGUGAUGAUCAGGACCUCACAGUGUAUGAUUUUGAUGAAGGUGAAGAAGGUGGUAUUGCUUUGGAAUCAGGAGAUGAAGAUGAUAAGACCAAAAUAAUCAAGAUUUUACCCAAGAAGUCUCAAACUGUAACUCAGGCCCACAUGUGUAAUUAUUGUAAUUACACUAGCCCAAAAAGGUACCUGCUGUCACGUCACAUGAAAUCUCAUUCUGAAGAGCGACCACACAAGUGUAGUGUGUGUGAACGAGGUUUCAAGACUCUGGCUUCCUUACAGAACCAUGUCAACACUCAUACGGGAACUAAACCUCACCGAUGUAAAUUCUGUGACAGUGCUUUCACCACUUCAGGUGAACUGGUAAGACAUGUUCGGUACAGACAUACACACGAGAAACCACAUAAAUGUACAGAGUGUGAUUACGCGAGCGUGGAAUUGAGUAAAUUGAAGCGUCACAUGCGCUGCCACACUGGCGAGAGGCCAUACCAGUGUCCACACUGUACAUAUGCAAGCCCAGACACAUUCAAGCUGAAACGUCACCUUCGUAUACACACUGGUGAGAAACCAUAUGAAUGUGACAUCUGCCAUGCACGCUUCACCCAGUCCAACAGCCUAAAGGCACAUAAACUCAUCCACAGCGCUGGAGAUAAGCCAGUAUUCCAGUGUGAAUUAUGUCCUACAACAUGCGGACGCAAGACUGACCUUCGAAUUCAUGUACAAAAACUUCAUACCUCAGACAAACCCCUCAAGUGCAAGAGAUGUGGUAAAUCUUUCCCGGACAGGUACACAUACAAGAUUCAUAACAAGUCACAUGAAGGAGAAAAGUGUUUCAAGUGUGACCUUUGCCCAUAUGCUUCCAUAUCUCAGAGACAUCUCGAGUCCCACAUGUUAAUUCAUACAGAUCAAAAACCAUAUCAAUGUGACCAAUGUGAUCAGUCAUUCCGUCAGAAGCAACUGUUGCGACGGCAUCAGAAUUUGUACCACAAUCCCAACUAUGUACCACCACCACCAAGAGAAAAGACUCACGAAUGUCCUGAAUGUGGGAGAGCGUUCCGACACAAGGGGAACCUCAUACGACACAUGGCAGUGCAUGAUCCGGAGUCCUCGGCGCAAGAGAAGGCCCUCGCCUUGAAACUUGGGCGACAGAAGAAGAUUCAGAUUAUUGAUGGGCAGCAAGUUGAAGUAAUGGCAGGAGAGGAGGAUGAUGAUGAAGAUGAUGACACUGAUGGGGAAAUGAUGGCUGUUGAGCAGGAUGGACAGCAAUACGUUGUAUUAGAAGUCAUUCAGCUACAGGAUGGUGAUGGUGAGCAGGCAGUAGCCGUUGUGACGGGUGAUGCAGCACACACCAUGGAGCAAGCAGUGGCGCUACACACUGGUGAGAGUGAUGGAGAGGGUAUUUUAGCAGGCCAACAUAUCACACCAGACUCACAUCUAACAGAUGAUGAAGAUGUUAUUGAAACACUGAGGAACAGUAGAAAACUCUCAAGGAAAGAUGCUUUGACUAUAAGAAAGAGGAUAGAGACCGAGAAGGACAUGCAGAAUUGUUUCGGGUUUGAUGACGAAGGAGAUGAUGUGGAUGAUGAAGCCGCAAAAACAACAAUCCAGCUGCUAGAAGCCAUCCACUAGUAGAGUCAUCAAAUUUGCGGUCUUUUUCCUUGUAGGUACUUUGUUCAUGGGAGAGACCAUGCAGUUGAAACAUACUUUCUUUUGUUUAUGCGGUGUACAUUGGUGGUAUGGGGUUCGUCAGACUCAUGGAACCAGUUUACUUAGUGCAGUUGUGCACUUUUUUUGUGGUGUCACUCUGUGAGUGGUGCAGUGUUGUGGAUUUGUUUUUUCUGAUUAUGAAAUCAUCCAUUUUACAAAAGAAGUGGGUGAUGAUCCAGAAUGACUUUUUCUACCUUCCUUAAAAUAUUUCUUUUACUUGAUGUUUGAUGCCAAGUGUGAGAAACUUGUUUCCAUUGCCUCAUAGUGAUGAAAUGUACAAAAAAAUAUAUAGGUCUCUAUAGACAUUCUGAAGCAGGAAGAAACUUAAGUAUACCCUUUCAUGUAAUGGAUCGUACAUGCAUGUUGAACUUUCAGACUUCAGUUUUUAAUGCUGGUAAUUAUACAGAGGCUUUGAAUGCGUCUAGGUGUUAAAAGCAUGGUAUAGCCAUGUUUGAUGCCAGUAGCUCAUUAUCCUGGAGGAUUUCCAAGUGGACGCAAAAGUGAUUGCUUUUAGUUUGAUAUAUUACUGAUUUCAGGUACACUUCUGUUUUCAAGUUUACGUGCCCAGCUUGACACAGAAAAUGUUUAUAGUGAAUGGUUGUAGAACAUAAAAUCUGUCAGUGCUGAAGCUAUUCAGCUGGAAAUGUUUCGUAUGGUUUAUGAAGAUUGCUGGUUUAUAAGAAUGUUUGCAGUUUUGCAGGACAUAUGAAGAUUGCUGGAAAUAUGAUUAUGCAGUGAAAAGUUGUUGCAUGUUCCCAGAAUGAUGGUUAGAUUUGUUUCAUUUUGAGAGGUAAUAAUUUCUUUCUACAUGCAGUUUUCCCUUGCUGUAGGAGUUUACAUGUACAGAAUGCUCACAGUAAAUACAAUAGACUUGUCAUUUCAUUAUUUUAUUAUUGAAGUGCUUUGUCUCCUAACUCUUUCUGCAGCUGAUAUUGAGCACAAAGUUUGUAUCUUUUCAUGAUAUAAUAAUUAGCAUGACAAUUGUUUUACCAUUUCAAGAACACUUUGUCUAUAAUUUGUUGAAAGGUAAAUUUUGUGUUGAUACUUCCUUUGAAGUUGGCCGUUAGUAAGAAAAUGGAUAUCAUGGCUUGAACAUUCCACGCUAUCAGUUGAAUGCGUGAAGUUGAAGUCGCCUCAUGACAUCUUGGACUGCUGGUUUGAAAUUGAUAAUAUUUUUAAUCUUUGAUCCCAAGCCAUAUCUAGAACUAACUGUAAAUGCCUAAGUUUCUUGAAGGUGAACACAUUUGCACAGAAAGACUCAGCAAUACUUUCCUUAAAUGACAUUCAAACAGCAACAGAAAUAUAUCCUGUGAAACACUGUUCUUUCCACUACAUGUCAGUAUCUCUGUUGGCAGAAUAUUAACCAUGAAAUGACAUUGUGGGAACUGCCCACAUUCAAGCAAUGAAGCUCGUGUUGUCACACUUGCUUGAAUGUGGGCAGUUCCCACAACGUCUUUGUCUGUGACAGUUCCAAUGCAUGUACUCAGAAUUGAUGUAGCUGGCACCUGGCAUGUUAAGGAUUUAUUCUAUUUCAGGACUGUUCUUCCAGUCUCUGGAGGAGCAGAAGUUCCUGAAAUUGAAAGUAAGAAACCUUGUGGUACACAUAGGUACAUGACAGUUCUCAACUUCUUGGCAGAUUGUAAUUCAAAAUAAAAAUUAAAAUGUGUACAACUAUUAUGAAAUCAAGAGUAGUUCUUUCCACCUAUUUGGAUUCUAAGCUCAUAACUUUUUACAAUAGAAUUGCACAUUGUUUUGUCUAUAUUUUGGAGGUUUGUACAAAUGUAGGUAAUAAUUAGACGAUGUUAAUGGUCUCAAAUAAAACAGAAGAAUGAUAA